AGAAGGAAAAUCAUAGGGUUUGGAAAAACAUGAGGCUCGCAGUUUCCACAGAGGGCGGCUCAUCUGUUCAUCAUUGUAAUCAGCUGCUCACAGAAAGAACAUCUGAAUUCUGCUCUGCUGGACCUCUUCAUGCACAGUGCAAAGUCGAGUGGUAUUUCAGUCUCCCUUGCAGGAGUGUGUAUGAAGCUUUGGUCACACAGAUCAAAAAGUGGAGGACAGGCUCAACCUGUGCCACAGGAGGAGAGAAAUGUCUUUACAAGUUGCAGUCUGCAUCCGUGCACUUCAUAUCAGCCAAACACACAACGCCAAUAAAGAAAUAUGUUGAUGACAUCAACUUCAGACUCGUUUCCUAUGGAUUUUUCACACACUGCCAUGUAUCUGCCAUGUCAGUGUCAGAGACCUGGUAUGCUGUUAGAGAUCACGGCACCAACUACUGCAACCUCUACAACCUAAUCGAAGGAAGUGGACUUACUGAAGCUCCAGGAUACAAAGAGAUCACCAGUGACUUCAUGUGCACACAGCGCUCAUCUGCAAACUGUACUGUGUACUAGCACUGAAACGUGUUCAUACUUUUUUAUGUUAAAAUUUUUAUAUAGACUUUUGUGGCUUCUAGUGAUGUUUUUUUUUUAGAUUUGAGGAUAUAUAUGAUCUCCUUAAAAUUAACUUUUUUUACAUUAAAUUUUUGUUUUAAAAAAUUGAUGCUUUUAUGCAGGAGAGACACAUUAAAUUGCUCAAAAGUAACCGUUUUUACUUUUACUUUGAUAUAAAAUAAUUUUAUUUUAAAUAAAUGCUGUUCUUUUAAAGUUUUGAACAAUCUUGAAAGAAUUAUAUCACAAUUUCCACAAAAAUAUUAAAGGGGUCAUCGGAUGCAAACUUCACUUUUACAUGUUGUUUGAACAUGUAAAAUGUGUGUUGGCAGUGUAUGUACAAAUCUACCCUAUAAUGAUAAAAAUCCAUGCAGUGGUUUUUAAUUAAUCAGUAAAAAUAAUAUCCCCUUUUUUAAAUCGAGCCAUUCUCAGAUGCUCUGGCGUCGGACUGACAGAGACCACUCCCACCAUAGUUGAUUGACAUGAGCGUCUUACCUCAGAUCAGUUGUAACAGUCCAACUUCCAUGUUUCGAUGCCGGAGCAGGGAUGUAAUAUAGACAAGAAUAUCUCUGAGCGAUUGAGGUGUUGUGUUGCUGGAUGUAAUAAUGAACGUAGUGGUCGUCAUUUACUCCGACAUCUGAGCUGCUGAAGAUGCAAUGGGUUACAUUUGUUUGUGAAAGGAAUGCGCCUCCCGAUCUACAUUAAUGCGUCUAUGUUCACGCAGAUCAUUCGUGAUCCAGCUUCACCUACAGCAGAAGUGAUUAUAACAAUCCAUCAGAAUGGGAUGAUUUUUGCAGACCUCAUUUUGACAAGGUAAAAAGAGUGUUGUUUUACACAACCAUUGAGAAUUUUUAAAAAGUAUAUUAUAGACUUUUUUUAAGACCCUAAAGAAUCAUAUCAACUUGUGGAAAAUGGGCAUCCGAUGACCCCUUUAAUCGGCACAACUGUUCUCAACCUUUUUCAGUGCUUCUUGAACAGCAAAUUAGCAUCGUGUGAUACUGAUAGUAAUGAUGCUGAAAAUUCAGCUUUGCAUCACAAGAAUAAAUUACAUUUUAAAAUAUAUUCAAAUAGAAAUCAGUUAUUUUAAAUUGUAAUAAUAUUUUUUAAAUAUUACUGGGUUUUUUUUUUUGUAUUUUUAAUCUAAUAAAUGCAGCCUUGGUGAGCAAAUAAAAUCUCCAAUCAAAUGCUCUAUAGAAGGAGAACAGCAAUAGCAAAAGCUUUAAUUUGUCUUAUUUUAGGAAAUACA